AUGCGUCAGGCCGACUCGCAGACGCAGCCCUCUCCCGCAGAGCAGGAGACGCCGCAGCCCGCAGGGCCCUCCAACCGCUCGCCGCCCACCAUGGGCCCGCAGCAAACAGGUAGCAGGAAGCGGAAAGCCGCCGAGGUCGAUCAGGGCGCCGGGACUUCUUCAUCGCCAGGCCCCGCAGAAGCGAUGGCGACAGCUGGGGAGGGCAACGCAGAGGGGUCCUUGCUGCUGACCAAGAGGCCGCGGCGGCCCGUAGCUCACCUCUCUAUGGUGAACUACCUGAAGGGCCGCGCGCUGGGCGCUGAUGGCCACCCGGGGCUCGCAGGCUUCGAGGGCGAUCUGCGCAGCUACGGGGUACUCAGGCUGCCCGAGCUGCUGAGAGAGCGCCAGCUGACCCUAGGCCCCCUCAACAAGGUGUUCGCAUCGCAGUGGCUCAAUGCCAGGCAGGUGGUGUGUGGCACCAAGUGCAACACGCUCUUUGUGGUUGAUGUCAAGACCGACCACAUCAUGCGCAUUCCUCUGAUGCGCGACAGGGUGCCCGACCUGUCUCGUGGCCCACCCUCCUGUGGCAUUCAUGCUGUGGAGCUGAAUCCCUCCAAGACCCUCUUGGCCACUGGAGGUGAAAACCCCAACAGCCUGGCAAUCUACCAAUUGCCCACUCUGGAUCCGGUGUGCCUAGGAGAUUGCCAAGGCCACAGGGACUGGAUCUUUGCCAUUGCGUGGAUGAGUGACACUGUGGCUGUGAGUGGUUCCCGUGACGGUACUGUGGCGCUUUGGAAGGUAGAUCCUGACAUGUUCAAUGGCAGCAUUGCUUGGCACAAGGAUGCAGGGCUUCCUGUGUAUGCCCACAUCAGUCCUACAGAUAUGGAGGCCAUCCCCAAAGCCACUACUAAUCCAGGUAACCGCAAAGUGCGAGCACUCGCCUUCAGCAACAAAAACCAGGAGCUGGGAGCUGUGUCCCUGGAUGGCUACUUCCACCUGUGGAAAGCCCGAAGCUCCCUGUCCAGGCUCCUGUCCCUGAGGCUGCCUUACUGCCGUGAGAACGUGUGUCUCACCUACUGUGAUGAGUUUUCCCUUUAUGCUGUGGGUUCCCAGUCUCACGUUUCAUUCCUGGAUCUCCGCCAAGGCCAGCAGAACAUCCCGCCACUGUGCUCCAGAGAGGGAGGCACUGGCGUGCGUUCUCUGAGUGUCCACCAGCACAUCGUCACUGUGGGAACAGGCCACGGUUCUCUGCUCUUCUAUGACAUCCGUGCCCAGAAGUUCCUUGAGGAAAGAUCCGCAGCCAAUCCAGACAUGUUUCCUGUGCCCUCUGGAAGGAAGCUCAAGCUCACCUGUGGCAGCGGCUGGAUCAACCAGGAUGAUCUCCUAGAGAAUUAUGUUGCUGGUGUCGAAGAUUUCCCCAACGCGCUCUACACUCACUGCUACAACUGGCCAGAGAUGAAGCUCUUCGUAGGUGGGGGACCACUGGCCUCAGGCCUCCAUGGCAACUACGCAGGCCUCUGGAGCUAAGGGUGACACGACUCCUUCUCAAAGUUGAACUGGCCUAGAGUAUCCAGUGUGCUUCUCAGCAGAGAGAACGAGAUGGAACCCUCAGAAGUUGGCUUUGAGAAUUUUCUGGACCUCCCCACCGUUC